CCCGCGUCCGAGCCAGCCCCGCGCCCUGGCACCCGCCGCCGCCGCCAAGCAGGCGAAGCAGGCCGAGCAGGCCGACAAACGCCACGAGAUGAUCGGAGUGGUCACCAUGCCCGAGCAGGCCAAGCACACCGUCAGCGAGCCCAUGGACGUGCCCGCCAAGCAGGCCCUGUACAAGACUGAGGGGUCGCCGCCGUCUAGCGUGCCCACGCUCAUGGACGGCGGCAACUACAUCAAGGAGGGCAAGGACGCCGCCAAGAGCACCUGCCUCAUCUUUUCGCCCAAAGCUGACGAGGUGGGCGCCCUCGCCCGCUCCCUCAAGAUGUUCGAGGAGCACGGCGUCAACCUGCUGCACAUCGAGUCGCGCUCCUCGCUGCGCGUGCCCAACCAGUACGAGUUCAUGCUGGAGUGCGCGCCCGGCGGCGACCUCGGCUCCGCCAUCGAGAACCUCCGCCAGCAGGCUGCCUACUUCAGCAUCAUCUCGCGCAACUACAAGGACAACAUGGGCACGGUGCCGUGGUUCCCGCGCCGCAUCCGCGAGCUGGACCGCUUCGCCAACCAGAUCCUGUCGUACGGCGCCGAGCUGGACGCCGACCACCCCGGCUUCACGGACGAGAAGUACCGCGCCCGGAGGAAGUACUUCGCCGACCUCGCGUACUUCUACAAGCACGGCGAGCCCCUCCCCCACGUGGACUACACCCCCGAGGAGAUCGAGACUUGGGGCAAGGUGUUCCGCGAGCUGACCAAGAUGUUCCCGCGCUACGCGUGCCGGCAGCACAACCACGUCUUCCCGCUGCUCAUCGAGAACUGCGGCUUCCGGGAGGACAACAUCCCCCAGCUGGAGGACAUCUCCAACUUCCUGAGAGACAGCACGGGCUUCACGCUGCGCCCGGUGGCCGGCCUGCUGUCGUCGCGCGACUUCCUGGCGGGGCUGGCCUUCCGCGUCUUCCACUCCACGCAGUACAUCCGCCACCCCUCGCGGCCCUUCUACACCCCCGAGCCCGACGUGUGCCACGAGCUGCUGGGCCACGUGCCGCUGCUGGCCGACCCCGCCUUCGCGCAGUUCUCCCAGGAGAUCGGGCUGGCGUCCCUCGGCGCCCCCGACGACUACAUCGAGAAGCUCGCCACCUGCUACUGGUUCACGGUGGAGUUCGGGCUCUGCAGGCAGGACGGCACCCUCAAGGCGUACGGCGCGGGGCUGCUGUCCUCGUUCGGCGAGCUGGAGUACGCCAUCAGCGAGAAGCCUGAGCUGAGGCCCUUCGACCCCGCCAAGACGGCCCUGCAGAAGUACCCCAUCACCGAGUACCAGCCCAUCUACUACGUCGCUGAGAGUUUCGAGGAUGCCAAAGAGAAGAUGAUAAAAUACGCCCAGACCAUACCGCGGCAGUUCACUGUACGGUACAACCCCUACACGCAGAGCAUCGAGAUGCUGGACUCCAAGCCCCACGUAGUGCAGUUGGUUCAUGACAUCAAUCGGGAGAUACAGAUCCUGGGUGACGCCCUGAAAAAGCUGUGACCAGGUUUGCUUGGGAAGAUUUUGUAAUGAUGGCAGACUGAUCUAUUUUAGAGGAGCAUUAGGAAGAUUGAAUUAAUUGAGAGUGAUAGUAUGUUGGUCAUAUCAUCUUAUUUCGAGUACAAAAUGACUGGUGGUCAAGAACCUUUCUAUCAUUGUUGUGAUAGCCGUCCAAACUACCAGUGGAGAUGAUCUAAAGAAUCAUUUCACUUAGAUUAAGGAGUAUUGAACUGUACUGUUUAUCAGUGUCAAAUAAGAUUAGGAGCAUGCCAUGACAUCCUUAUUAAUCAUGCACCAUUGACAAUAUGUAUACAGUCACCACAUUGCAUGUAACUUUGAAUGUAAUUUAUAAUUUAUAGGACUUAUUGAGUCCAAAUUUCCAAAUCUGUGUUCCUAUUAAGUUGUAAUAAUGUAUGUAAAUAAAUAAAGAUUAGGUAAAUUUAAA